AGUUGGAAAUAGUGUGUAUUUGCUAUGUGCUAUUUCAUGGCUGUGUGGACUUAUAUGCUGGCCAUUAGGAAAGUACAUUAUUCAAAUAUGUAGCAAACUAAGUUAUAUCGCAAGCAUAUCUUGUUGCAGUAUGCGAAAAAGAGGCGAAACCGUAACGGAAUAUGAAAGUGACGAUGAUAGUGAUAUAAAGUUGGUGCUAUGCGUCAGAACAGACUUGGAAAUGGGAAAGGGAAAAAUAGCAGCACAGUGUGGGCAUGCCGCUCUAGGAGCAUACAUCGAUUCAAUAAAUCGCAAAAAUCCAUACCUCAAUGAAUGGAUGAACCAAGGACAGAAGAAAGUGGUGCUCAAAGUUAAGAGCAAAGAAGAUAUGGCUGAACUUAAACGAAGCGCUGCUGCCGCUCACAUCAACUACCAUAUUACGUGUGAUGCAGGUAGAACCCAAAUACCAGCAGGAUCAUACACAGUUAUCGCCAUAGGUCCAGCACCCGAAAAUGUAGUAAACAAAAUAACCGGACACUUAAAAUUACUAUAAACAGUAUUGAUCAAUUAUAGUAACACAUUUAUACAACUGUUUUUGA